CAUCCGCCCCUCUCUGCGCUGACAUCCUCAGAAGCCGUUGACGGCUCUAACAGUGACGGAUCGAACCGCUGCAAUAUUAUUUUAUUUUUCCCUUUUCCUUUGUUUUGUGGAAAAAAAGAAAGGGGAGUACAAGUAAGCUUCCCUGCACACAUCCGUCCUCAGCAAUCCUCAUCAGAUCUCUUCAACACAUAAUCCCGUUUUGAGCUUCUGUUAGAGCUUGUGCUAACGGUAGCUAGUGCACGAUUUUUGCUAAUAACCCAACGAUACAACCUCGAGACAAGUCGGGACAAGACCAGUCUCAGGACUCACCAUACUCAAUGAGCGUACAGCGCAAUGUCAGAGCGCUCUGGGCAAACGGCAAAGGGGAAGGAUGGCAAAACCAAGUAUGCGUCUCUCAACCUGUUUGAUACCUACAAAGGAAAGAGCAUUGAAGCACAGAAGCCUGUUGUUGCCCCUCGUCAUGGCUUACAGUCUCUUGGUAAAGUUGCCUCUGCACGGCGCAUGCCCCCCCCUGCCAACUUGCCUAGUUUGAAGGCAGAGAACAAAGGCAACGACCCCAACGUCUCGCUCGUUCCCAAAGACGGCACAGGAUGGGCAAGCAAGCAGGAACAAGCAGACCCAAAGAGUACCGAUGUAUUGUCAGCAGCGCAGCCGGAGUCGCAGCAGCCUGUGGUCUCACAGACGUCUGCGCCGAGCAUGCCGAGAACACCCCCAGCUCAAGAGGCCCCAACUCAAGCUCUAGCCGCAGGGCCAAAGUCCUGGGCUCCGGCCAGUGUUACACUUGGAGUACAAGGAGAUGGUGGAAAGGGAUCAAACCAACCAUCGCCAUUCUCUCGCGAGGAAUUUCCCACCCUGCAGGCGGCUGGAGACCAGGACAAAGUUGGCAAAGAACAGGCCACUGCAGAUCAGUGGUAUGGGCCAGGACCAAGCCUCCGCCCCCAAAACGUAACAAGUUGGCGGGAUGGUGGGGGCCGGGCAUUGGCACCCACCCUGGCUGGGGAGGUAGUUGCGGAGGGCGGUCCUGUGGGAGUCAUGGUGAUGGAGGGUGCUGCUGGGGCCCCUCCCAUCCCACAGCAGAAUGCAUCUUCUCACGGGCCGCCUAGAACUUCCCCAUCCAGUAACCCCGCACUUCCCCUCCCCCAGCCACCCAUUGGCCCGCAGUUCCAGGCUUACAGAGGCAUCAUGCCUCCCUUCAUGUAUCCACCAUACCUGCCCUUCCCACCCCCUUAUGGUCCACAGGGACCUUACCGGUACCCAGCCCCAAAUGAGGCCCCUAGGUUUUCUCGGUCACAGGGUGGAGUAGGGCCAGAUGGGCGGCCCCCUGGAGGCCCCCGGGGUGAAGUGGUAAAACGCCCAUCCAUCCUCAAACAGGAUGAUCUGAAGGAGCUGGAUGAGCUGGACCAUGACGGAGAUGAAGGCUGGGCUGGAGCACAGGAGGAAAUUGACUACUCCGCAAAAUUGAAGUUCAGUGAUGAUGAAGGAGAGGAUGAUGGGGAAGAGGAACGGACUGAAAACAAGAAUGGAACCCGGGAGUCAAGGGAGCAGCAGAGAUCCCAAGAUGGACCUGCACCUGUUUCACGUUCCCGGGCAUCCGACAGUGGAGGGGAUUCGCGCCAGACCCCUCCUUCCUCUGCUGAAGAUGGCUCCACGUCCCCCUCCAGCAAGCCAGGCUGGGCCGAGGAAGGUGGAAACAGCCGGAGCAGUCAAGCAAAUGCAGGAUCUUAUCAGGGGCGUAGGCCUGGACUAAGUGGGCCAAGGGAGCAGCCCUCCCCCUUACCAGGUCCACUUCUUGGACAAGGGCCCUACUCCUACUACCACCAGGACCUGCCUUCGAACCAGUCACCAAUCUCAGGCCCCAUCCUAGCCCCCCAGAAGCCCAGUGUUGCCCAGGCACAGCAGCAGGCAGGGGAAAUGCCUGGUGGGACGACCCCUCCUCCCUCCAACACCCUGCAUCCCCAGCAACAGGGUGAGGAUGAGGAUGAGACAUGGCGGCAACGGAGGAAACAGUCAUCAACUGAGAUCUCUGCUGCGGUAGAGCGUGCCCGUCGGCGGCGCGAAGAGGAGGAGCGGAGAAUGCAGGAGGAGCGCCGUGCUGCCUGCGCAGAGAAACUGAAAAGACUUGAUGAAAAACAGCAGCAGCAACAGACUAUGAAACCCAGCACCCCCAGUGAUGCUCCAACCAACAGCCCAAGUCCUUCCUUGUCUGCACCUGCUUCAUCUCCUAAUGUCAGUCAGCCACCAUCACCCUCUGUGGACAUUGAAGACCCUCUUCUAUCAUCCACUCAAGGAAGCGGAACAACUCUAGGGUUGAAUAUUAAUAACCGACAGCGGGCUGGCAGCAACAGCAGCCAUGACUCCAGCACUGAAUCUCAGCAGGCUCUGCAGCCUCAAUCCACCCAGCAUCCACAAAUCCUGGAUGUCCCAGUGCCUGGAGAUGCCAAGGAGGAACCUGUGGUGCAUAUCCGCACUAGAGGUGGAGAUGACACAGUGAAGGUGGUUGAAAAUGUUGGUGGAACCGGACGGCAGGGAAGUGGUUCAUCUGGGCAGGGCUUUUCCAAGUAUCAAAAAUCACUUCCUCCUCGUUUUCAGAGGCAACAGCAGGAGCAACUUCUCAAACAGCAGCAGCAGUGGCAGCAGCAGCAGCAACAUAACCAGGUUGCCCAAAGUCAGCUCCAGUCCCAGGCUCAGAAUCAGCAGGGCCCCUCCCCUGGUGCCACACCACAGUCUGGGCCCAAACAACCAACCCUUUACACACCUGGCUCAAUGGGACGUCCUCCGCCUCUGCCUAUGAACUUUGAUCCCCGCUGGAUGAUGAUGCCCUACAUGGAUCCCCGAAUGAUGCAGGGACGUCCCCCACCCAUGGACUACUACACUACCAGCAUGCAUCCUACUGGGAUGAUGAGUCGAGAGCGUUCUGACUCUGGUGGCUCUGGGUCAGAUCAGUUUGAUAGGCAGCAGCAUGGUGGACCCCCUCAUCCCCAUCGUGGCACACCUCCAAUGGAUCCCAAACUGGCUUGGGGACCAGAUGGUUUUCCAGGGGGUACUGAGGGUCGAGGUCUAAGCUCCCCUCUACGGCAGAAAGCUGUUGAGGAAGAGGAGGCUGGCAAAGGUCAAAGAAGUGACACUCCUCCAGUACUUAUGCGGGAGGGAGGCACAGCUCCCAUUCAGCCUCCCAGCUCUCCAUCUGGCUCAUCCAACCAAACCCCACCACCUCUUGGGAUUCAUGUUGGGGGCCAGGGUGCUAGCCACCAUGCCCAUCAUCAGCCUUUUAUGGGUGGGCGAGGAGGUUUCGGUAACUACCCUGACAAUGGAUCCAGAAUGGGCUCCCACCUGCAGCAAAGGGCCAGUAGUGGAGGGACAUUACAUGGUUUUGGCCAUCAGGAGGGUAGUCAACAGAGCCAGAUCUGGGGGACUCCUCAUCCUCAUUAUGACCGUAAUGGCCGUUCUGAUCACUCGGCCUUGGAGACCAACUCUCAUCUCCAACACCAUGGUCCUCCCGCUCAUGCCCCUCAUUUCUCCCUUCAUCCUCAUAAGCAAGAGAAUGGCAGAGAGCGAGAAAAAAGGGGGGAGCCAAAAAAGAGUGACCCUUCACCUCCACUCCAUCAGCUGUCCCUUUCCCCUUCCUGUUCAUCAUCAUCAUCUUCCUCAGCUAGAGAAGAUGGUAGUGGAAAACAGUCACUACAUAAUCAGGUACCACCACCGAUUGAACAUAAUACUGGAUCUGCUCAUGCUUCAGGAAGGAAACAAGAGAAGAUGGGAAAUAUGCAGCAGCACCAACACCCUAAAUCAAACCCUCGCAGUCGGGAGCACAAAACUGAGACACACUGGGGCCCGAGGCCUGGUAGCAGUAGCGCAAGUGGGGGCCCAACUCAUAACAGAAAGGCUCCAGGCUCUGGAAUGAGUGGAAAUACUGAAGAAUCUGCAAAUCAGGGGGCUGAGAACAAAUCCUUUACUCACUCAGAUGGCACCACAGUUAAGCGGGCAGGUCCUAUUAAGAAACCAGUACUUAAAGAGAUUAAAAGAGAGGGUGGUGAAGGAGGGGGAGAAAAGACUACUGGAGUCUCUGGUAAAGAUAAAGAACUAGAUGCUAGCCAGACUGCAACCAAACAAGAAACGGCCUCUGGGGCCCAAGCAGCUUCAGCACUCGGUGGGAAAGAUGAUGCAGUCUCAUCAAAUAAACCCAGAACUGGUGGAAAGGAGCGAGGUAACCCUGGGGGUACAGGUAAAGGAUCCAAAAAUGGAGAAAGCUCUAUCCAGAAUUCUGGCUCUUCAGCUUCCCAGUCCAGGAGGGAAAGAGAGCAUUCUGCUGAAAGAGGAAGCACAUUUUACCAUGCAUCUUCAUCCAGAGGGAGCCGAUCCAACCGUGGUCGAGGAGAAUUCUACGGCCGAGGCCGAGGUUACAGGGGCACUUACACUGGUAGUGUAGGUGGCGGCAGCCGUGGGAAAGCAGGAGGCAGGAACAACAGGGAUUAUAGAUCAGCUAACAACAGUGGCUACCACCAUGCACCUUCUAAUCAAGAAUACAAGCGAGAGGCAUCAUCUGGCAGUGGUAGACAUGGACAUGGGGGCUCUCACCCGAAUCCGGGGCGUGCUAGAAACCGAAGUGAGACUCGAAGUGAAGGCUCUGAAUAUGAAGAGGUGCCAAAGAGGAGGAGACAACGCGGAUCUGAAACGGGCAGCGAGAGUGCUGGGAGUGACCUUGCUCACUCUGACAAGGAAGACCGCAAGCCAAACACCAAGACUGGUAUCGGAGGAGAGAACCCUACAACAGGUUCUUCAUCUUCUUCAGCUCCAAUCAGAAACUCCCAGACAAGAGUGUUCACACCAAGGGGAGUGCCAUCUAGACGUGGCAGAGGUGGUGGAGGUGGAGGUGCUGGAGGAGGUCUCCACAGAAGUGGAGGCAGUGCAGGAGUAUCUGGUGGACACAGAUCUGGACCUGGCUCUGCUUCUCAUGGCUGGUCUGUAAAAUCUGCAACUGUGCGAAAGCAUCAGACAUCCUCACAGCCAUCCCUUCCUAAAGAUACAGGCCGUGGAGCCAAUAAUGACAAGAAGAAAGCUGCGGACCAGAAUCCGUCUCAGAGUCACAGUGCAAAUCCCUCCGCACCUAAUUCCUCUGUGCCUACAGCUGUCCAACAGGGCUCCACCGAGAAUGGAAGUGCUGGAGCCCCACUGUCCUCAAGUAAUGUUCCAUCAAAUUCCUCUGGCACUCCUAUCCAGACUCUUCCUCUGUCUGCUCCUGACGGACGAAGUUUCCCUAACAGGGGAUUUGAGCGUCCCCCUCGUCGCAGACGGCACGGACGAUCUCAGCAUCAGCAGGACAAACCUCCCAGAUUCCGCAGACUUAAACAAGAGCGAGAGAAUGCAGCCCGUAUAAAUGGAAGCAGUGGAAUUAUUGAAGUCGUAGCUGGACAACAGCAGCAGCCUUCUUCACCGUUGCAGAAUUCCCUGCAAGAAACCAAUAGCACUCCCAAUGCACCUACCGCAGCUGUUGCAAAUGCAAACCACAGUGUGUCUGCAACUUCUAACAAUAAUAAGAAUAGCAGCAACCUUGGGGGUGGAAACCAAAAUUUCAACAGCCACCACCACCAUCACUACCAGGGCAACUCCCAGUCGCACCCUCAACACCAUCACAACUAUAACCCAGCUGGGGGUGCCAAAUCUCCAGACGUCUCUAACCAGAACUCUGAUCAGGCCAAUGAGGAAUGGGAAACCGCCUCCGAAAGCAGCGAUUUCACAGAGUUUCGAGAAAGAGAGGGUGGAGGAGGUGGUAAACCCUAUUCCUUCCACCAUCACCAUCACCACCAUCCAUCCGGAAGAGGUGGUGGUGGUGGCGAGAGAGAGAUGACCGCUAAAGAAUUGGCCACCAACAAGAGAAGCUUCUCCAGUCAGCGCCCUGGAAUGGAGAGGCAGAACAGAAGGGUUAAUGUCGGUGGUGGUGGUGGAGGAGGAGGAGGACGAGGCCCCAGGGGUCCACCUGGCGCUGGCGGGGCAUUCGGUGGAACUGGCAAUGGUGGGGGCAAUCGUGGUGAGAGGCGUGGCAACUGGCCCUCUCCUAAGAAUAGGAAGUGAUGUUUUGGUUUUUUCAAUUUUGGAAAUUUUUCAAAUGCAUCCCUCUAUCAUUGCCCACUCUUUUCUGUAAAACAUCUUCCCCCUUAACAUGUUAAUACUGUAUUAUCAUAAAAGAUUAGUUAAGACCAUGAACACAUUCUAGUUCUUUUGGUUUAUAGCGUUUUGUCCCUUACUUGUAAAUUCACUUUGUCCUUUCACACUCCCACAAAUCCUGAGAUUUUACAUAUUACACCCCAUUUUAAUGGAAAUAUUUCCUGACUAAAAAUGCAUUAGACCACAUGGCCCAUUUAUGUUUGCAUAUAAAAGCAUAAAAUGACCAAUCAACCUAACAAAGAUGUGCUUAGUUUGUGUAUGCUGGGCACGUUACAUGUACUUGUGUAAGAACUGUGGCUUGA